AUGACGUGGACAGAGACGGUCCCACCGUACAAAGUCUCCGAGGACACGUCACGGUUCAAAUACUCCUGCUGGUACGGUUCCCGGUCCGCGGUUCGCAUAGCCAGAAUCGUAAAGGAAAGCUUCGAGUUGGGGUCGCCAAACGUGAGGUGGUUCGUUAUGGGAGAUGAUGAUACGGUGUUUUUCACUGAUAACUUAGUUUCGGUGUUAGCGAAAUACGAUCACAAUCAGAUGUAUUAUAUUGGCGGGAACUCGGAGAGCGUGGAACAAGAUGUGAUACACUCGUACACUAUGGCCUACGGCGGAGGCGGGUUUGCUAUUAGUUAUCCAUUGGCUGCUGAGCUUGUUAAGAUCUUAGAUGGGUGCAUCGAUCGGUAUGAUAAAUUCUACGGCUCAGAUCAAAAGAUUCAGGGUUGUUUGAGUGAGAUCGGAGUGCCUGUAACAAAAGAACUCGGGUUCCACCAGCUCGAUAUACGUGGAAGCCCGUAUGGUUUGCUAGCGGCGCACCCGGUGGCCCCACUAGUGUCACUCCACCACUUUGACUAUUUUGAGUCAAUAUUUCCAAACCUAACUCAGAUUGACUCGGUGGAAAAGUUGGUCAGCGGGUAUGAAGUGGAUCCGAGUCGGAUCCUGCAGCAAAGUUUUUGUUAUGACUUGAAUCGUAAUUGGUCUGUUUCGGUGUCUUGGGGUUACACUGUGCAGUUGUAUCCGUUUCUAGUGACUUCUAAGAAGUUAGAAACGGCGGGUAGGGACGUUUCAGACGUGGAGGAGUUGGGACACUGGCACCACGUAGACAAUGCUGCGAGAUCAUCAAUGGCACAGAUGGAGCUGACAACGUUGUACAUGUCCAAAUUAGAGGCUGCAAGCGCUUUGAGAGUGUCACUCCUCGGUAGGAAAAUAGAGCAUCUAAGAACAAUCGAUCUUGAAAGCGGGAAGCUCUGA